AUUCAUGUUGUUCAAGGACAUGAACCAGCUGCAUUUUUAAAUUUAUUCUCUGGAAAGAUGGUGGUACACAGUGGCAAAAAAUCUGACAAAAAAUGUGAGAAACGCUGGAGAUUGUAUAUUUGUCAAGGAACUUUAGAAUCUGAGACAUUCUUGAUCGAAAUCUCUUGCAGUACUCGACAAUUGAGAAGUAGAGGUUCCUUUAUAUUGUUAGAUACCGAAAAUGGAAAACUAUAUAUCUGGCAUGGGAAUAAUUCAUUACGUCAUAUUAGAGAAAAUGCAAUAAAAGCCGCAUCUAAAUUGAAAGAAUCUCGACCUGAAGAAGCUGGAUUAUCAAACGAAAAUAACAUAGAAAUUUGUGAAAUUGAAGAGGGCUCGGAACUCGAAGAAUUUAGUAAUGCAUUAGGUGGCAUAAAUAAAAAAUUGUAUUGGUCGCUAAGAACAACCGAGAUAAAAGAUCAUACUCUAAAGCUUUAUCAUUUAUCGAGUAUCUUUAACAAAUUUCACGCCACAGAAAUACUUUGUCCGUAUCGCGCAGAUCUCACGACACCGUUUCCUUUUUCACAAGACGAUUUGUAUCAAGCGAAUCAACCAGCUUUAUUUUUAUUGGAUGACAAAGAUGUACUUUGGAUUUGGCAAGGAUGGUGGCCCGAUAGUGAAACUGAAGAUCAGUCUGGAAGCAAGACUGUUCGAUGGCAGGCCGAAAGGAGAGCGGCGAUGACGAUAGCAAUACGCUAUUGGCAAAAAACUCGAAACACACAAACAACGAAUCUUCCAAUAUAUUUAGUAUGGGCUGGUCUAGAACCGUUGCAAUUCAUAAAUCUUUUCCCAGAAUGGACAUAUCGGGAUGAUGUCGCUGAAUUAAACAUAGAG